CCCACCUGCGCGCCCAGGAUGGUACGGUCUGCAGAGGGAGCCGUCUCCUGAGCGCUCUCCGGUCCAGAAGCUGAGGAGCCGCGGGCUGCAGGGCACGAUGAGCAGAGCCUAGGCAGAGAUGACGUUGCAUUGGGUGAUGGAGUCCAGCGUGAUGGCAUGCAGCAAAUGGAAAGGAGCUUUUCUACUUCAGCCUUGAACGUGUCCACGCACCCAGUAGACGGUCACCUGGCAGGCACCUUGGGUUCUUUCGCCCUGGUUUAUGCUACCCGGCGUCGCACAUCGUGAGCUCUAGGAUUUCCAUCUUUGUCUUUUCUGGGGAUUUCCUGUCCCAUCUGCAAAAAGAUGGGUGACCUGAGCAAUAGUGAUUUCUACACCAAGAACCAAAGAAAUGAGACCAGUCAUGCAGCUGACUAUGGGUGCACUCUCCAGGAACUGGGCUCCCUUAUGGAGCUGCGGGGAACAGAGGCCGUGGUUAAGAUGAAGGAGUAUUACGGAGACUCCGAUGGACUGUGCAAGCGACUAAAGACCUCUCCCACUGAAGGACUCCCGGGCACAAUAGAAGAUCUAGAGAAAAGGCGACAAGUAUUUGGAAAAAACUUUAUACCUCCAAAGAAGCCAAAAACGUUCUUACAGCUCGUAUGGGAAGCGCUGCAGGACGUGACGCUGAUCAUCCUGGAGAUCGCAGCCAUUAUAUCUCUGGGGCUGUCAUUCUACCAACCACCCGGAGGAGAUAUCGAAGGUUGUGGUGGAUCUGCAGGUGGGGCGGAAGAUGAGGGCGAGUCGGAAGCAGGGUGGAUUGAAGGAGCCGCCAUUCUUCUUUCAGUUGUCUGUGUUGUGUUUGUCACUGCCUUCAAUGACUGGAGCAAAGAAAAGCAGUUCCGAGGCCUCCAGAGCCGUAUCGAGCAGGAGCAGAAGUUCACGGUGGUGCGGGGAGCUCAGGUCAUUCAGAUCCCUGUGGCUGAACUUGUGGUUGGGGACAUCGCACAAGUGAAAUACGGGGACCUGCUGCCAGCGGAUGGCAUCUUUAUUCAGGGAAAUGAUCUGAAAAUUGAUGAAAGUUCUCUAACCGGAGAGUCUGACCAGGUCCGCAAAUCCGUGGAUAAAGAUCCGAUGCUGUUGUCAGGCACCCAUGUGAUGGAGGGAUCUGGGAGAAUGCUCGUCACUGCUGUGGGGGUCAACUCUCAGACUGGAAUCAUAUUCACCUUAUUAGGAGCGAGUGAAACAGAGGAUGAGAAGAAGGACAAGAAAGGUGUGAAAAAGGAGGAUGAAGCCAAUCUACCAGUCGGCUCCACCCAUCCACCCUGUCACCUUCCUGCAGCUUCAGAUGGUGCCGCAGGGGCAAACGCCACUGAUAAUUCCAAUGCCAACUUAGUGAAUGGGAAAAUGCAAGAUGGAAAUGUGGAGAUCCUCCAAAAUAAAGCCAAACAGCAAGAUGGAGCAGCUGCCAUGGAGAUGCAGCCAUUGAAAAGUGCCGAGGGUGGAGAUGGAGAAGAAAAGAAGAAACCAAAUCCACACAAAAAGGAGAAGUCUGUUCUACAGGGGAAGCUGACAAAACUGGCGGUGCAGAUCGGGAAAGCGGGUCUGGUCAUGUCUGCUAUCACAGUCAUUAUCUUGGUAUUAUAUUUUGCUAUCGAUACAUUUGUUGUUCAGAGAAGACAAUGGUUGCCGGAGUGCACGCCCAUAUACAUCCAGUAUUUUGUCAAGUUCUUCAUCAUUGGCGUCACUGUUCUGGUGGUUGCCGUGCCGGAGGGACUGCCUCUAGCGGUGACGAUUUCUCUGGCAUAUUCCGUUAAGAAAAUGAUGAAAGAUAAUAAUCUAGUGCGACAUUUAGAUGCUUGUGAGACUAUGGGUAAUGCAACGGCUAUCUGCUCCGAUAAGACAGGCACGCUGACUACAAACAGGAUGACCGUGGUUCAGGCCUAUAUUGGAGAUGUCCUUUACAAAGAAGUCCCAGAUCCUGAUGCUCUUCCAGCCAAGACCUUAGAUUUUCUGGUCAACGCCAUAAGCAUCAACAGCGCAUACACCUCCAAAGUCCUGCCCGCAGAGCAGAGUGGUGGCCUCCCGCGACAAGUCGGAAACAAAACUGAAUGUGGCUUGUUGGGAUUUUUGUUGGAUUUGAAGCAAGGCUAUCAGACUGUGAGAAACCUCAUUCCGGAGGAGAAACUCUACAAAGUCUACACCUUCAAUUCUGUACGGAAGUCUAUGAGCACCGUGAUCAAGCUGGAAGACGGCAGCUUCCGCUUAUACAGCAAAGGGGCUUCAGAGAUUAUCCUUAAGAAAUGUUCCAAAAUCUUAAAUGGCGCUGGAGACCCUCGUCUGUUCAAGCCCCGAGAUAGAGAUGAGAUGGUAAAAAAAGUGAUUGAGCCAAUGGCUUCUGAUGGUCUCAGAACAAUCUGCAUUUCUUAUCGAGACUUCAGCCAGAGUACAGAGCCGGACUGGGACAAUGAGAAUGAAAUUGUGGCCGAUCUGACCUGCAUCGCGGUGGUUGGCAUUGAAGAUCCAGUCAGGCCGGAGGUCCCGGAGGCGAUCCAGAAAUGUCAGCGGGCUGGAAUCACGGUCCGCAUGGUGACGGGUGAUAACAUUAAUACGGCUCGUGCUAUCGCCAUUAAAUGCGGCAUCAUUCACCCUGGAGAGGAUUUUCUCUGCAUUGAUGGGAAGGAAUUUAACCGGAGGAUACGCAACGAGAAGGGCGAGAUUGAACAAGAAAGGAUUGAUAAAAUUUGGCCUAAACUGCGGGUUCUGGCACGUUCCUCACCUACUGACAAGCACACUUUGGUGAAGGGUAUAAUUGACAGCACACAGUUGGAGCAGAGGCAGGUGGUUGCAGUCACCGGUGAUGGCACCAAUGAUGGUCCUGCACUGAAGAAAGCCGAUGUUGGUUUUGCCAUGGGAAUCGCCGGCACAGAUGUAGCCAAGGAGGCUUCUGACAUCAUCCUAACAGAUGACAACUUCAGCAGCAUCGUCAAAGCCGUAAUGUGGGGCCGCAAUGUAUAUGACAGCAUCUCCAAGUUCCUGCAGUUUCAGCUGACAGUGAAUGUGGUGGCGGUGAUUGUGGCAUUUACGGGGGCGUGCAUUACACAGGAUUCUCCCUUGAAAGCUGUUCAGAUGUUGUGGGUGAACCUCAUCAUGGACACAUUCGCAUCUCUUGCUCUGGCCACUGAGCCACCUACAGAAUCUCUUCUACUUCGGAAACCCUAUGGAAGGAACAAGCCUCUGAUUUCCCGGACCAUGAUGAAGAACAUCCUGGGGCACGGCGUCUACCAGCUGACUCUCAUCUUCACGCUGCUUUUUGUGGGAGAGGAGAUCUUUAAUAUAGACAGUGGACGGAACGCACCACUCCAUUCUCCGCCGUCUGAGCACUACACCAUAAUCUUCAACACGUUUGUCAUGAUGCAGCUCUUCAAUGAAAUCAAUGCUCGCAAGAUCCAUGGCGAGCACAAUGUCUUUGAUGGAAUAUUUAGGAAUCCGAUUUUUUGUAUAAUUGUACUUGGCACCUUUGGCAUCCAGAUUGUGAUCGUUCAGUUUGGCGGGAAGCCCUUCAGUUGUGCGCCUCUGCAGCUCGAUCAGUGGAUGUGGUGCAUAUUUCUUGGUAUCGGUGAACUAGUGUGGGGCCAGGUCAUUGCCAGCGUCCCAACCAGCAGGUUAAAGUUCCUCAAGGCAGCCGGACAAUUGACACAGAAAGAAGAGAUCACAGAAGAGGAGCUAAAUGAAGAUGUGGAAGAAAUAGACCAUGCAGAACGAGAACUCAGACGGGGACAGAUUCUCUGGUUCCGUGGCCUAAACCGAAUACAAACCCAGAUUGAAGUAGUGAAUACUUUCAAGAGUGGGGCUUCCUUUCAGGGGGCCCUGAGGAGACAGUCGUCUACCACAAGCCAGAACCAGGAUAUCCGCGUCGUGAAGGCAUUCCGUAGCUCUCUCUAUGAAGGUUUAGAAAAACCGGACUCUCGAACUUCCAUUCACAAUUUCAUGACCCAUCCAGAAUUUAAGAUAGAAGAUACUCAGCCACAUAUCCCUCUAAUUGAUGACACAGACCUGGAGGAAGACCCUGCCCUGAAGCAAAACUCCAGCCAGCCUCCUUCACCCAACAAAAACAACAAUGCAAUUGACAGUGGGAUCAAUCUCACCACAGAGACGAGCAAGUCGGCUACCUCUUCCAGUCCCGGGAGUCCCAUACACAGCCUGGAAACCUCCCUUUAGCUGAGGACGGCAGUGCAACUGCAAAAUAAUAUUCAUAAUCACAAAGCAAUCAAUACUUGUGUCUGAAAGCAGAGGUGACACCACUUGGAUGGUCCGUGUCCGGGCAGUGCUAGGAACGGAAUCGUGGCAGAUUUCUGCAAAAGCCGCAUGUCGCUCAUUCCGGAGAAGAACUGUAACCAUGUUCCUGCAUGAAUGUACACUAAGGUCCCUGCUCUACUUUUAUUUUCACAUACAUUUCUAGAGGUUUCCAUGGAAGGGGCAGACUUGAUGGCCAAGCAUUUCCCCAGUCUACAGUAUUGAUCUUGUUUUCAUACUUGAGCAAAGACCUCAGGCUCCUUAUAAGGUGGAUUAAUUUCAUUUUUGAAGGUCUAAACCUCACCUUGCACAAUGGCUUUACACCCAGAGCAGCAGAAGAGCAUCCAUGAGAGGUUUCUACAGGUGACAGAUGUGUGUGUGUGUAUGCACAUGGCCACAGUGGCUAUCCUCACAGGUGCGGGGCUGCACACCACCCCACCCUCAAACCUAUUUUUACUCUUAUGAAAUGACAAAACUCUGUGUUCAAUCCCUAUAUGCAUGUGAGAAGGGAAAUAUUCCCUAAAAUAUGAGGUUAAAAAGAUAAAAAAAAAAAAAAAAAGCUAAUAUACUUAUUGCAAGCAGGGUGCACGAAAAGGCUAUGUUUCUCUGUAUCUACCACUAGUAGUGGAUGACAUGCACAAAGCGUCGUUCCUGUGGAGAUCCGCACAACGCACACUUUCCUCGGACAGAUUCUAUUUCUAGAACUUGAAGUGCAACGUGGCUACGGUAGAAGGGACAUUCCUGUACCAGACCAGUCAAGGUCCAAGUCUACUUGGCUUCUAGGCCAUCCUGGCGGCUGCACCGGUUGUUUGUACAGUCCUGCUCCCCUUUCUGGGGCCGUAAUAGCAAUAAUUCCCUAUGUGUCUGGCCUGAGCAGCUCUUUCAUCCCGCAGUUGGCGGGCUGCUUUAUCUUCCUUUUGGUUUGGUGAAUGUAAUGUGUUUACAAGCUCGGUCAAGUUGCGGAGAGGCAAAGAAGAAGACGUUGUGGGGAUAUUCUGGCAGGUAUAAGGCAUCCACACUUCACCCGCCAGCCAGCUGGAAAGCUGCUGCAAUAAAUGCUGCUGUGCUGUAGCUUGGUUCAGUGGUCUGACCAGCGUAUUCCACCCUCUAGUGCAUAUGUGCAAUAACUCUCCCACACCCUCGGCAUGCCUUAACUGUCAGCACCAUCCUUGCCAUCCACUUGGUCUAUCCUUCAAGUAGAGUCCGUGGGGUGUCAGGCGUAGUGACAGUCAGCAGUGUUACAUAGGAAGCAAUGACAUUACGGGUACAUAUACGGCAGCAGUAAACACCUCGUCACAUAUUCCAGAGAGGUUCUCACAGGGCUGAUCUGGAGAGAAGAGAGAACCUGGCCUCUCUAAUGCCUCACUGAUAGAGUCCAUGACGGCCAUGUUCACACAUCAUCAGCACUAACUGAUCUCAGACAUAUGAAAAUGGCAAGUCCCAAGUGUCCCCAUCAUGCCAGUGAUAAGCUGCAGGGAAUCCCAGCGUCGAGCAAGAACUUCCUUCAGAUUCCCUGUAGGUUGCCUUUCUUCGUAGCGGAGGCAAACUUGGAAGUUACAGUGGGCCUGGAAAUAACCUAAAAGUGGCCCCAAGUUAUAGAUGAGUCCAAAUUGACAGAAGGCGGGGCCUGCAGUAUCUUGGUGCUGCACAAAAUACUGCCCCAGCAGAACCAAA